AUGGCCCAGAACAAGCUUAUCUGUGUCAUAGGAGCCACGGGAAACCAAGGCGGGUCAGUCGCCCGUCGAUUUCACAAGGCGGGUUUCCGUACCCGCGAUGCAUCGUCCCCCGCAGCACAGAAGCUUGUGACUGAGGGCAUUGAAGUUACGAAGACAGACCUGGACGGCUUGGAGAGCCUCAAGCUCGCUCUCAAGAAUGCCAAUGUCAUCUUCAGUGUGACAAACUACUGGGAGCCGUUCUUUCGCCCGGACUGCCGUCAGGACGCCCGUGGGUUGGGCAUCUCACCCGCCCAGUUUGCCUACGAUGUCGAAUAUCGACAAGGGAAGAAUAUUGCAGACGCAGCAGCAGCGACCUGUGAUUCCCUUGACUCCAAUAGUUUCCUAGUGUCCACGCUCAGCCAUGCUGCUAAAUCCAGCCAGGAAAAAUUCAAAGAAUUGUACCAUUUCGACUCUAAGGCGGAUAUCUUCCCCUUCUACGUGAGAGACAAAUACCCUGACCUUGCGGCCAAGAUGUCUUGCAUACAGACCGGGUACUUCUAUACAAGUUUCAACAUCUUACCUGACUCUUAUUUUGGCAAGGCAAGUAAUGCUUCCACAAUUAAAACAGUUUGA